CCAGGUCAGAAGCGUCUCGACGACGAGAGCAGCAGCAGCAGCCGCAACAGCAGCAGCAGCCUCUCCGGCAAAGGGGCGGCGCUUCUCCCCUCGAAGCGGCCGCAGAAACCAGUUUUAGGGAGGAAAUGCAGCUGGGAACCGCUAGGGGGUGCAUGGUGGAAACGAAAUGCGGCGCAUAGUAACCUCGCUGAAUUAUCAAACAUUGUCAUGGUUCAAAGGGCUGGAGAGAGACAGUGAUCGCUCAGGAUUCCGCCGUGGAACGUUCCCGGGAGGAAAGCAUUGUGACGUCAGCGCACCUACUAAUCCUCCCUGCUGAGGGGGAGCCUGGAGCCAUGAGGUCAUCGCAGCGACCAGUGUAGCUAUCCCGAGAGCAGCAGCGCCAGCAGCAGCUUCAACGGCAGGGGGAGGGGAACUGGCCCGAGCAAAACCGCUUGGGAUCCCGCAGCCGCCCUGCAGCUGCAACCCGAGGCUGUCGCCGCAGAGUUCCUCUGUAAAAGCAUGGAGGAGGCUGACGCGAGGGAGCCGCAGGUCGGCUCCUGGCUGCCCGUGCUGGUGGAGCAAAUGGUGAACGACACCCUGGUGGUCACCUUGAGCUGCGGGGAGAGGCGCUUCACUGGAAUCCUCCUGGAUUGCACUAAAAAGUCUGGAUUGCUUUGUGUUCCACCAGUGUCAUUACCAAAGACCGAUGACCCUCCUAAUAAGACUUGCACUAAUGGGACGUCUGAAGACAGGCAGCCUGUACAGCUGGAGAGUGGACAGUGGUCUUUGGAUGAAAAGGCCAAUGGCGAGGAACAAGUUCCACCCCUCUUGCCUCCACCGCCAUCGGGCAAUGUUUUUCCUUACCCUCCCUAUUUUGAGGGAGCCCCCUUUCCCCCUCCAUUAUGGUUAAGGCGCACAUAUAAUCAGUGGGUACCUCAGCCACCUCCCAGGACUAUAAAAAGGACAAAGAGGCGCUUGUCCCGAAAUAGAGACCCUGGCCGGCUCAUCAUGAGUACCAUCAGGCUGAGACCUAGGCAGGUGCUUUGCGAAAAGUGUAAAAACACUCUGAGCCCAGAGGAGGGUAACAAAACCAGGCAGAAUGCAAAAACCAGGAGGAAGCUAAGCAUUCAGGAUAAGGAGCAAAAAAGGCACAGUGAAUCUGAAUAUGGAGAGAAAAGGAGCAAAAGAGAAAAGCGGGAGGAAGAUAAGUUUCCUGGAGAGCUGUUGCAUCGGACUCCAGUGAUAAAAAUAUCUUACAGCACCCCACAAGGUAAAGGGGAGGUAGUGAAAAUUCCCUCCCGGGUUCAUGGCUCAGGGAAGCCAUUUGGUCCUCAGCGACUACUACAGAACAGAGAGGAGGACCAAGAGGAGACAAGAGACUCGGAACAGUAUCGUGAAACCAAAUGUUUUGUGGACAAGUCGCAGAGUAGUCAGCUUGCUUCCAUUCCAAAGUUGAAGUUAACUAGGCCUGUGCAUUCCAGCGCAGAUGUGCCACCCCCAAAAAUCAGGCUGAAGCCCCAUCGGAUCACUGAGGGGGAUAAUGUUUCAAUUUAUAAAGCGGAACUUAUCGAUGAGAUGAAUGUCCCUCCCAGCCAUGGAGAGUCUCAUGCUGCUGCUUUUUAUACCAAUGAGUCUGCAGAUAGAUGUUUAGCUGAGAUGUCUUCAGGGAGCUCCUGUGAAGAUGAUGACUUCAAAAGGUUUCCGCAAGGUAAAGAUGGACAUGAUAACUUGGCUUUUCUUAUGAAUUAUCGUAAGAGGAAAGCGGAUUCUUCUAGCUUAUCAGUGUGUAGCAAUGACAGCCUAGAUGAAUCCAAAUCUUCUAGCUCAGAAGUAACAUCACCAGACGUGUGUGACUUUUUACCUGGUGAUGAUGCAUCUGUCUCUUCAUCCUCGAAAGAUGAGCGUAAGAUUGUGCCACCAUUAACAGUUAGACUGCACACGCAAAGUGUCUCCAAGUGUGUCAUUGAAGAUGGAAGAACUAUUUCAGUAGGGGAUAUCGUUUGGGGCAAAAUUCACGGCUUCCCAUGGUGGCCGGCCCGUGUGCUUGACAUAAAUCUUAGUCAGAAGGAAAAUGGAGACCCUUCCUGGCAAGAAGCAAAAGUUUCAUGGUUUGGUUCUCCAACAACAUCUUUCUUGUCUCUCUCAAAACUCUCCCCUUUCUCUGAAUAUUUCAAACUACGAUUUAAUCGUAAGAAGAAAGGGAUGUAUCGGAAAGCUAUAACAGAAGCUGCCAAGGCAGUGGAACAUCUGACCCCAGAAAUAAGAGACCUCUUAACACAAUUUGAGACAUAAUUUUGGCUUCAGUUACAGGUAACAGAAGAUAAGAGCACAGCUGUCCUGGAGCUUCACAAAGUCUGUAAACAUCCUGACAUGCUUCCCCGGGAGAAUCUUAAGGUUUCAAUGCUCAUGCGGCAGGAUUAGUUUUCAGACUGGCCCUGCUCAUCAUCUGUGGAAGAUAAUAGGCACCUGGAUUGCUUAGGAGGCCCUCCAGAGGCCAGUCUGACCAAACGUCACGAAGCUAUUUAACGCUAGGGAUGCAAACUGGCGAGUAAUAUUUCAGUGAACUAGGGGAAUAAUGAAAUGCUGCAUCUUGGAAUGUAUUUAUUACCUGUAAAAUGUUAGCUACUCUUGAUAAUUCCCCUAUUCUUCUCCCCUCCCCUACAUGCACACACACACACACACACACUGCUGCUGCUUCUAUGUAACAAGAUCUCUCUCACACUCUUGUUUUUACUUUUAACACCACAAAACUGUUUACUCCAAUAAUGUACACUCUUAAGAAGGGACAUGCAAUAGAAUGGAAUUGGUGUAGUCUUAAGUUAAAAUGGACUCACUUCUGUGUCUAUUAAAACUUGGGAAAUGUGCAACUCA